AUGAAGGAAAAUUAUGCAUCCUCUUUGCAACUCAAAACAAUAUACAACUUGAGAAACCAUAAAUCCACAAAUUAGGAACAAAGAAAACUUUGCGGAAGAAUUUUAAUAUAAUAUUUAAUUAAAUUAAUAGGGAAUCAUAAUAUCUGUGUCAAUACUUUUUAAUUGAAUUGGAUAUUGAAUGGUAUUUUUAAAUAUUAUAUUUAGUUCUUAUGUUGAUUACAAUUUGA